CUCACCCGGCGUGGAUCGAACCAAUCUCGUUCGCUCCUUUCGCACACCACCACACACUCACGCGUGCACGCACACCGCGGGAUUUCCCCCGGAAGCGCCAGAUGAGGAGCCCCGCCACAGGGAUCCAUUGCGACCGCACCCCGGCAUCCCGAACGAUGGUCGCCCUGGCGGCCCUCGCCGUCCUGGGCUGCCGCCGCGCCGGCCACCGGCUCUCCGGCCACGGAAGCCAUUCCCUCGCGGCGGCCCUCGUCCCCGCCCAGACCCGCCACGGGCCGGGCACCGCCCGUGCGGUCCGGCUCUUUGCAAGCGGCCGGGCCGGCUACGACGACGCCGGGAGGCGCGUUCGGGGCCAAGUGCGGUCGUCGUCGGACGGCUGGGGAGACAGCGAAAGCGAAGAUGGCUGGGGAGCCCCGUCCCCGGGCAGGGGCGGGGGCGGAAGGACCAGCAGCAGCAGCAACAACAGGAACGACUUUGAUUCCUGGGACGACUUUGACCCCUGGGACGACUCGCGGCGGCAGCAAACGCCACAGCGGCGGAGGAGGGACGACUUUGACGAUUUCGGCGACGGCGAUGGCGGCGACGACUGGGGUGCUCCCAGGGAACGGCCGAGGCGGCGGAGGAACAACGACUACGGCGGAGGCCGGGAGGAUGCCCCCCGGCGGGAUCGCCCCGGGAGGGACCAGCGCGGCGGAAGAGGCCGCGGCGGGAGGGGCCGCGGAGACGGACGCGGCGGAAGGGGCCGCGGCCGGGGAGGCAGGGGCGGCAAGGCCGACGAGGCAUCGUCCGCGCGCUCCAUCAACAUGAACUCCCUGGAGAGGGCCGGCUUUGUGCACCUCUACGGUCUCUCGUCGGUCCUCAACGCCCUUUCCACCGGCCGGAGAGACAUGGCCACCAGCAUGGAAAAAACCGAGCGKCCGGACGACCCGCGGUUCGACGACCUCGACGGCGGGUGGGACGCCUUUGGCGACGRCGRCGACGACGACGGUGGCGACGAUUUUGGUGCCCCCCGCCGAUCCACCCGGAGAGAGRCCCCCGUCAAACCCGAGGCCCAGUUCCGUCCCUAUCUGUUUGUGCAGGAACGAAACCGCAGCAGCGGGAGCGAUCGCCGCGGCAGCAAGGCCUCCGCGGCGCAGGAGGUACUGAAACUCGCGGAAGAACGCGGGGUCCCGAUCGCCUACGUCGACAAGGGCAUCCUGAACGUCUUGUCCGGAAACCGCCCGCACCAGGGAUUUGCCCUCCGGUGCGGCAAGCUCUUCUUCGAGAGCCUGUCGAGGAUACCGCUCCCGACCAAUGCGAGAGGAGGGGGCGAUCCCGCGGCGACGUCCUCGCCUCCCCUGUGGCUGGUCCUKGACGAAGUGGUCGAUCCGCAAAACCUAGGUACGUAACCAAMUUUCACCAACGCCACCAACAACACCGGUGCAAUCGAUUGCCCGGAUUCCMGUUUCGUUCCAAACACGGGGRUUGUUGGGCAAGUAGCAACGAACCAAAUGAUUUACAGUCAUUAAACCAAGAUCUGUUCUGAGCACAUUCUGAUGAGAGUUUGACCCUAUUUAUGAUGGUUCCCCGUUGCCACUGCUGCAAAACGCGCAAUGGUUUUGUCGUUCUGCUCGACACGGAACAAAACGAAAACCCAGCUCACAACCAUUUUGUUUKCAAACGCGCCACGGCAUCUUCCCCCGCAAUACGAUUGCAUUUCAGGUGCCUUGCUCCGUUCUGCCUUCUUUUUGGGAGGAAAGAAGAACAASACGAACAUCGGAGUCCUGGUGUGCUCGAAAAACUCCGCACCCCCCAGCCCCGUGGUCUCCGCGUCGAGCGCGGGUGCCCUCGAGGUCGUGGACGUGCACAGCACGUCCAACCUGCCCCGGACCCUYAACCAGGCCAGGGAGGACGGCUUUCGCGUCAUUGGUGCCUCGAUUUCGGUCCCCUCCCGGAGCGGCGAUUCUGGCGGCGACCCACCCCCGCUGUACGACCUGCAGGAUCUCCCCGUCCGGGACGCCGGCGGGGACGACCGGCCGAUCCUCCUGGUGCUGGGCUCGGAGGGCCACGGGCUGCGCACCCUCGUGGCCAAGGCCUGCACGGAAUUCGUGUGCAUUCCUUCCGGGAACCCGGGCCCCGKGGACGGCGGCGGCGACACCGAAGCGGGGGUCGACUCGCUGAACGUCAGCGUGUCCGCCGGCAUCAUGCUCUGGCACCUCCUGCACGGUGGAAAGCAGUGAAACGGCCCGCCCAGCGCGGUGCUUCGCUCUUCGAAACGGUUCGAACGAAUCGUCUAGUUAAAAAAAACAUUGCUAUUAC